UUCUUCAUCUUCCUCCAAACAUGUUCCCCCAAAUCUCAGCCUCACUGUUCACUCUAUGCUCUCCACUUCUCUCGCUUCACUUAAUUCACCAAGAUCCAUGUCUCUUCUGAUCAGAUCCUCCUACGUUUCUCAAUCUCACCUCAAUCUCUUCCAACCUAGAAACUCAAAAUUAAUCUCUUUCACCGAUCGAAUCCCGUCCAAAUUAGUGUUCGUUUCUUCUUUCAAUCACAACCCGUUCGUCGAUUUGGUGUAUAAACGCAACCCAACAAUGCAAUCUGUCUCAUCUUCUUCGAUGACUGUUAAGAGCUCCUUGAUUGACCCAGACGGUGGGGAAUUAGUGGAAUUGGUGGUACCCGAAUCGGAGGUUGGGCCGAAGAUGGCGGAAUCAGAGGCGAUGCCGAAAGUGAAGCUGACGAAGAUCGAUCUGGCGUGGGUACAUGUGAUCAGCGAAGGCUGGGCUAGUCCAUUGAAAGGGUUCAUGAGAGAAGACGAGUAUCUGCAGAGUUUGCAUUUCAAUUCUCUUAGGUUAAAAGAUGGGACUCAUGUGAACAUGUCGCUUCCUAUUGUUCUUGCCAUUGAUGAUAAUACCAAAGAACAGAUCGGAUCAUCCAAGUGUGUUGCUCUUGUUAGCCCUCAAGGAGAUAUUAUCGGUUCUCUCCGAAGUGUAGAGAUAUACAAACACAACAAGGAAGAAAGAAUUGCUCGAACUUGGGGAACUACUUCUCCAGGAUUGCCAUAUGUGGAAGAACACAUCACUCCAUCUGGGAACUGGCUGAUCGGUGGCGAUUUAGAAGUUUUCCAGCCGAUCAAGUAUAACGAUGGGCUUGAUCAUUACAGGCUCUCUCCUAAACAGCUUAGGAAAGAAUUCGACAAUCGUCAGGCAGAUGCUGUUUUUGCCUUCCAGUUAAGGAACCCUGUGCACAAUGGCCAUGCUCUGUUGAUGAAUGAUACCAGAAAAAGGCUUUUGGAAAUGGGCUACAAGAAUCCUGUCCUCUUGCUUCACCCUUUAGGAGGUUUCACAAAAGCUGACGAUGUUCCUCUUGAUGUUCGAAUGGAACAACAUAGCAAGGUUCUUGAAGAUGGAGUUCUUGACCCGGAGACCACUAUUGUCUCGAUAUUUCCUUCACCGAUGCACUAUGCUGGUCCAACCGAAGUUCAAUGGCACGCCAAGGCUAGGAUUAAUGCUGGUGCUAAUUUCUAUAUUGUAGGUCGUGACCCUGCGGGAAUGGGCCAUCCUACUGAGAAGAGAGAUCUAUAUGAUCCUGAUCAUGGAAAGAAAGUCUUAAGCAUGGCUCCUGGGCUUGAGAAACUAAACAUUCUUCCGUUUAGGGUUGCAGCUUACGAUACAAUUGAGAAGAAAAUGGCGUUUUUUGAUCCCUCUCGUGCGAAAGAGUUUCUUUUCAUUUCUGGAACAAAGAUGCGAACGUAUGCAAGAACAGGGGAGAAUCCUCCAGAUGGGUUUAUGUGUCCCAGUGGAUGGAAUGUUCUUGUCAAAUACUAUGCUAGCUUGCAAGAAAGCGAUGAAUCAUCAAAACAAAAGGCCGUUGUUUGAAGGCUUUUGUUUCACUUUUAAGUCUUGUAAUAAACUCUUAUAAAAGAACUGUCGUUGCAAAGCAAACGAACAACGAGAGUCACAGUUUCAGAUUCCUCCUGCUUCCUUACAUUGAUUGACACUACUGCAUCCAGGAUAUGCGAAAGUCUUUGGACAACA